AUGGAUAAACACAUAUUGUUCGUGUGUGUGUUUUUCAUUGUUAAUGUGUUUCAAGUGCAAUCGCGAACAUUUACUGAAGAAGAUUGCCCUGUUUGUGUCAGUACAAUUGAUAAGUUUUCGAAAUCACUCGAAGGUGAAAAAAGUCCAAAGAAUAUCGAAGAACAAUUCAGAAAAUAUUGUUUGACUACAAAGAUUGAUAAGGAAAAAAGACUGUGUUAUUAUUUGGGCGGACUUGAAGAUUCUGCAACUGGUAUAUUAAGUGAAAUGUCUAAACCUUUAUCAUGGUCUAUGCCGGCACUUAAAAUCUGUGAACGCUUGAAGAAAAUGGAUGCUCAAGUGUGCGAUAUUAAAUUUGACAAAGAAAUUGAUUGGAAGACAGUCAACUUAAAGAAAAUGAAAGUGAAAGAUUUGAAGAAAAUAUUGGAUAAUUGGGGAGAAAUUUGUGACGGUUGUUUAGAAAAGACAGAUUAUAUCAAAAGAGUUGAAGAAUUAAAACCCUCUUACGUCAAAGAUGAAUUAUAAAUAAUGAAAUUAAUUAUCCCGUGUACUGUAUAAAUAUAAUUUUUUUUAAUACAAUAUUGUUUUUUA